UGCCACCAAGUCUACCCUGCCCUGAUGUCUUACAGUGAUUGAUCAAUGGUUAUUGAUCUCUCUCUGUUUGUGUGGGAUGUACUGUCGCCUCUGUCCUUAUAAAAGAGAGGAUGAGAAGUAUGCAAGAGUAAUCCAACAUCCAUUUUACUCCGAGAAACAAACUACAAGGAUAAAACAGGUAAUAGGCUGAAUCUAAACCUGCUGUAACUGCACAGCCAUUUGUGAUUAUUUCAAGUUCAAGAAUGCUCCUCAUCCUACAAGUCCUGGUACUGAUCCGGGUGGAGUCCAUAAUGGCAACUCCACAAGUCAUGAAAGCCCAGGAUAACAGAGCAGACAACAUCAAUGUAUUUCUGACCAUGGCGUGGCAAGUCGGUAAGCUCUUCCAUCCAAAUUCUAGCUGUUAUGUCUGCAGUGUAAUGCCUUACACAGCAGGACAAGGUCUGCCUCUGAUGGCCUUACCAAUGUCUGACUGUGACACCUGCCGUCUCAUGCACAUUCGCCUGUCUCAGUCCUCUGCUUGCCCAAGCAUCUCCAAAAUGAGACCUCUCAGCUGCUCCAAAGGCAACUGCAACAGAUGUACAGAGACUCCAAAACCUGUUCCCAUACUUGUUAUUCCUCAGAGGUUCACGUGGUGCCUUGAGAAUGACGGCGAGAGACCCGUCGGAUAUUCAGACUGCCUCCAUACUUUUAAAUGGGGCCCGGGACACACUUAUAACAAAUUCAAAUCUCCGAAUUCUCUUCCUCAGCAGUGUUUGGAGGCAGCAGGACAGACUCGCCUCAGCAUUUUAGCUCGCCACUCCGCCAGCUGCUCCGUCUCCUCUCCUGAGGGAAUGUACUGGGUGUGUGGAAACCUUGCAUAUCCAUAUCUUCCAGUGGAUUACAAAGGACGCUGUGGCUUGGCACACGUAGUCCCAGCAAUGAGAGUGGCUCACUCUUUACCCCAGAAAGCUCCUCUUAAACGUACGCGGCGCGGUGUGUCAGACAUCUUCGGAACACAUAGCCAGUCGCCCUUUAAGAACGCACUGGGCCCACUGCUUCCUUUUUAUGGAGUUAUGUCUGCAUUGGAUCAAAUUUCCGACCUGUCUCGUGCUCUUGAGGUUAUAGCCAAUGAAACCGGAAAGGCUCUGACGCUGCUGUCGCAUGAACUCGCCUCCGUUAGACUGCUGGCUUUACAAAACAGAGCUGCUUUGGAUUUUCUUUUAGCAGCUCAGGGAGGAACUUGUGCCGUGAUCGGUUCUGAAUGUUGCACCUUUGUUCCUGACUACAGUGCAAACAUCAGCGACAUCGUCAGUCAUCUUCAUGACACGGCUAAAGCUGUCCACCAGGACAGUAGCUCGAUAUCUGACUGGUUGAGCAAUAUUUUUGGACCAAUGAGUUACCACAUUGUUGAAGUCCUGGUUAUUUUGGCUGUUUUUAUUGUAUUAUUUUCCUUGUUUAUGUCAUGUAUGAAAAGGUUCCUGUGCAAUAUUUGAAGUAUACAGACAAAGAGAAACUUUGUUAAAUCUAUUGCAGGGAUUAAUAGCUGUUUUUAUUAAUUGAAAUCUAAAUUUGACCUCAAUCGGAAUCACCUUUGCGGAUUUCUCAUUGUAAAUAAUAAUAAAGCUUUUAUUGUGUGGUUUAAUAAAUAAAACCUGAACGUUUCUUUUA